CCGAAUUUGCUUUCAUUUAGUCUAUAUAUAUUUCUUAAAUAGGUUAAAGUCAUAGAGAUAUUUUUUUUGUUGGGAAUAGCACUUCGCCCUCGAGCGGUGCGCAAUGCUAUCUCAUGCCGACCUCCUGGAUGCUCGCCUCGGUGAGUUAUCAUCACCAAACUCCGGUCUUCAACUCUACUGGAUGAAGGAUGCCGCGGCGGAGCUCCUGGGCCACAGGGAGGCUCUGAAGUGCCGGCUCGGCGGAGGGGGCCCUGACCCCGGACACUCCGGUGGGGAGCUCGGCCCGGGCCAGGACGGCGUGGAAGGGACCACGAUGCUCCCGGGCGAUGAUAUCAGCAGCGGCGGCGGUAGUGGCGGAGGAUCCAACGCGGUGCAGGUCAACAGCAAAGAGCAGGAGAAGCAGAACAACAACAACAACAACAACCAGUCUGGAGGAGGGCAGCAGAGCCAGAGCCAGAGUCAGAAACAGAAGCGGCACCGGACCCGCUUCACGCCGGCGCAGCUCAACGAGCUGGAGAGGAGCUUCGCCAAAACGCACUACCCAGACAUCUUCAUGCGGGAGGAGCUGGCGCUGAGGGUCGGUCUCACGGAGUCCAGAGUGCAGGUCUGGUUUCAGAACCGACGUGCCAAGUGGAAGAAGCGCAAGAAGACCACCAACGUCUUCCGGUCUCCGGGGACCCUGCUGCCGACGCACCACGGCCUGUCUCAGUUCCCGUCCGCGGCGGCGGCGGCUGCGGCCAUGGGCGACAGCCUCUGCUCCUUCCACGCCAACGACACCCGCUGGGCCACGGCGGGGAUGCCCGGCGUGUCUCAGCUGCAGCUACCGCCGUCUCUGGGCCGCCAGCAGGUCAUGGCGCAGUCCCUGUCUCAGUGCAGCCUCGGCGCCGGUCAGCCGCACAACUCCAUGGGUCUGUCCAACAUGUCGAACGGCUCCGGGCUCCAGUCGCACCUCUACCAGCCCACUUUCCCCGGGAUGGCGUCCCUGUCAGGCCCGACCAACAUGACCCACUCGCCUCAGCUGUGUAGCUCCCCGGAGAGUGAGGUCUGGAGAGGGACAAGCAUCGCGUCGCUGCGCCGCAAAGCGCUGGAGCACACAGUAUCCAUGAGUUUCACCUAGUGACGAAGGGGCCACGCGCGGAGAGCUUUUUUCUUUCACUCGCACAGAGAUCUUCUGCGUUCAGUUCUUCUUCGUCCAAUCCAUCCAAACGGCGCACCGGGAGAGAUACAACCAGGAUACUUGAUCAGAUAAGAAAACGCACAGCACAUCUGGUGUUUUAUUUCCUCCCCAAAUCACACCAAGAGGGAACACUGCAGCGGCUCACCCGGCCUGUCGGACUGGUUCUGUUUUAAGCUAUAAUUUAUUAUUUCGCAUGUAGCCUAUGGCACCUAUUUAUUUAUCUAUUUAAAUUAACUUAUUUGUUCUGUGUUUAUUUAUUUAUGCGGCUCAUGCGGGCCCUCGAGGCUUUCAGUGAACUUUGCUUGGUGACUGAUUUUUUUGAAGACAAAUUCUGGGGAUACUUUGAAAUACAAAAACUCGGUUAUGAUGCCUUUUCCCCCCACGUGCUGCACAGCACGCGCCUCUAAAGGGGGAUGCACAGUGGACCUGCAGACACCUGGAGGUUUAAAGGAACGAGAAAGAUUCACCUGGAACAGGACAUCAUGAAGAGGACUUGACUGCAUGUGCUGUCCAAGGCAACGAAAAAAAUACAAAACAAGGGAAAUACUAUAAAUUAAGACAUGGAAGCUGACUUCACUAUAAUCUGUUAUAUAGGAUGUUUUGUGUAGCGGAAGCACUCUUGUUCCCAUUUGGUCAGUUUGUGAUAACUUCUGUUUCCAAAAAAAGUAUGUGCUUAUUAUGAAAUUAUGACUUUCUUAAAUGUUUGAACCAUUUUGUU